CUCUCUCUCUCUUUCUCUCUUUUAACAACGAAAAAUUAUCUAAAUAAGAAAUCGUUCUCUCUCGAAGGAAUACGAAGAAGAGUAUCAUCAUACAUCUUUUCUCCCAAACCGUGACCUUAUUAUGAAAAAGUGAAAUCGAUGCAAUUCGCGAUUAGCGAGAACACGGGAGAUGAAACACUCUGAAGUUGGCUGCCGGCGAAAAACGCCGAGCCAAUAAGCGUCGCGAUUCUGUGAUACAAAAUCCGCCGUCUCCCGCCACCCCGCUUCAUCUGAUCUCCCCUCCGCCGCCACGCUUGUUUGUUGACCUUCAGCCCCGUUCUUUCGUAGAGUAGAGGUCAACUUGCGUGCCAGGCUCUUCCUGCCUGAUCGUUCGAGUACAAGAGCCCGGUUUCAUACCGUGUUACGCGAUAUCACUUUGUAUUCCGUCGCCGACGUUCACAGAUAGAGAAGCAGAGAGAGAGAGAUACGUUCGUCUUAACGCGUGGAAGAAUUGUGCCCUCGGAACAAUUGCCUCCACUGCAUGCGUUUGUAGGCACGCUUAAAGGAUUUUGCUUACAUAUAAUAAAAUGUCGGCAGGCGCAGCAGUAUCGUUUCUCUAACAAAUUUUCCAUUUUGUCGAUGAGUUAAAAGCGUGCAAUCAAGUUUACUCACAUUGACAAUGGCCCGAAGAAUAAAACGCUUCUUUUGCAUUAUGAGAAAAAUGCUCUUAAGGAUUUUUAGAUGCAUCCUGCAGCUUAUCCAUAAAUGGCUCGAUGAAGCAUUGAAUAUUAGAAUAAUUGAAAGCAUGCACCGACACUCGUCAUUAUCACGCUCCACCGAUGAGCAGAUAAGGGUUCUGACUGUGAAUGAUGGGGAACAUCUGGAUGGGAUAUUGUAUAGAUUGAAAAAAGGUUGGACAGUUGAGUUUCGACUUGGAGCUUCCCUUCUCGGAAAAACGCUUGAUGUCUUUAUAAAUCAUCCGUUGUCGGCCGACAAGAAAUUCGAAAGGCACAGUUAUUAUCAGUUGCAAUGGGUUGACGAAACGGCGAGUAUACAUUUAACUUUGGCCGGGUCAUUCCAUUAUUACGUCACCGAUCAAAUUGAGGGAGAUAUAAAGCCUGUUGCAUCCGGGUAUUUGCUAGUCGAUCCUGAGUUAAAAGUAGGUGAAGAUGGAGAGAAACUACCUCUAGAUUGCAUCCAAAUGCAAACGGUUCUGGCAAAGUGUUUAGGACCAUUUUCUAUGUGGGAAAGUAAAUUAUUAGUAACACGGAAUUCUGGAUAUAAUGCAGUUCACUUUACGCCAAUACAGGAACUGGGACAUUCGAAAUCGUCAUACAGUCUGAAAGAUCAGACUAAGCUCAAUCCCGUUUUUAAUGACAAUAAUAAGACAAUUACUUAUUAUGAUAUCGAAAUGUUUAUAAACAAAAUGCGAACUGAGUGGAAGAUGUUGAGUAUUUGUGAUAUUGUUUUGAAUCAUACGGCGAACGAAAGUCCUUUUCUGAUUUCUCAUCCGGAAUGCACGUAUAAUUGCAUCAACAGCCCUCAUAUGCGUCCAGCGUACAUCUUGGAUGCAGUAUUGUUUGAAUUAACAAUGCAAGUAGUCUCCGGAGAAUGGGAGUUUAAAGGAAUUCCCACUGUAGUCGAGACCGAGGAUCAUCUAAAUGCGAUUCGUCACGCUCUUCAUACACACUUCUUGCCGCUUGUAAACAUACAUGAGAUGUAUAUUGUCGAUGUCAAUGAAAUUGUUGCGGAAUUCUUAAGUUUGGCACGCAACGAAAUGCCACAAGACGUGAACAAUACGGCAAUCAAAGACAUUGCGGUGAUUCAAGAUCCCGCUUACCGCCGAUUAAAAUCAACUAUAAAUAUGCAGCUUGCCUUGAAAAAAUAUAAUACGUACAGAGCUGAUUGUUUUGAUGAGGAGACUCGUCUGAAACGAUGUGCAGAAGACUUGAAGAAUAAAUUACAAGAACUCAACGAAGCUAUUAUGAACGACGUACGGAAUCAUCUGAAUGCCGCCGUCGAGAAUUCUAUUGCUAAUAUAAGAUAUUUCAGAAUACAACACGAUGGUCCAAGGAUUAAGGAAAUUAGCGAAAAGAACCCUCUUGUUCCUAGAUAUUUCACCGAUUAUGGAGCACCUAAAUCUUUAACAGAACGAGAAAGCAUAAUGUACUCAGAUAACGGAUGUUAUCUCAUGGCUCACAAUGGUUGGGUCAUGAACGGCGAUCCCUUGAAAAAUUUCGCGGAGCCUGAUUCCAACGUGUACAUUCGAAGAGAACUUAUUGCUUGGGGAGAUAGCGUAAAACUCAGAUAUGGACAAAAACCAGAGGAUUGUCCUUUUUUAUGGCAGCACAUGACGGCUUAUGUAGAACAAACGGCACAGAUAUUCGAUGGUGUUCGAUUAGACAAUUGCCAUUCCACACCAAUACCCGUCGCUGAGUAUAUGCUAGACGCUGCACGACGGGUUCGUCCGGAUCUCUAUGUUGUCGCAGAAUUGUUCACCAACUCUGAUCAAAAGGAUAAUAUUUUUGUAAAUCGUCUUGGCAUUACAUCCUUAAUUAGAGAAGCAAUGUCUGCAUGGGAUAGCCAUGAACAAGGGAGAUUAGUGUAUCGAUACGGAGGGGAACCAGUUGGAGCAUUCCUGCAGUCACGAAAACGUCCAUUAGUGCCAAGCAUCGCUCACGCUCUGUUUCUAGAUGUGACUCACGACAAUCCUAGUCCAGUAGAGAAACGGAGUACCUUUGAUCUACUCCCAAGCGCCGCGCUCGUAUCGAUGGCAUGCUGCGCCAGCGGCAGUAAUCGCGGAUAUGACGAAUUAGUAUCUCAUCAUAUACACGUAGUAGAUGAGAAAAGGCAGUAUACUUCCUGGACAGAUAAUGAUUUAUUGGACGAUGUUAAGUUUAUUAAUUCAAAAAGUGGUAUAAUUGCAGCUAAGAAAGCAUUGAAUGAUCUACAUUAUGCGCUCGGUCAACAAGAAUUUUCGCAAGUAUUUGUCGAUCAAAUAGAUACUGACAUAGUAGCUGUAACAAGACAUUCGCCGACUACUCAUGAAAGUGUAGUUCUAGUCGCAUUCACGGCAUUUAAUCACCCUGACCCUAACGCUCAUGAUUUGAGAAGGCACGUGAAACCUUUAAGAGUGGAAGGCAUAGUAGAAGAAAUUAUUUUAGAAGCGUCGCUCUCACAUAUUAAUAUCAUAAAUGGCAAAAAACGUUACCUUUUACCUGAAAAAUAUACGAAGGACGAAAAUGUCAUAAAUGGAUUAUCUGAAUACACAUUAAAUCUUAAACAACACAUACAAUGCUGCGAUUCUACAAUGAUCGAAAAAGUUGAUUCCGGCGAUCCCAAAAUUACACAGCUUAAUUUUGUGGACUUCCAACCUGGUUUCGUUAUAGCUAUACGAGUGGCCCUUCACGCGAAUAUAGUUCCUGCUUUGAUGAAACUUCAAAAUACUAUUUCGGAAAUUACUUCAAAUGAGAGAUCAGAUUUACACGAUAUAGUCUCUCGCAUGGACUUUUCAGAUUUAAAUAAAGCAUUAUAUAGGUGCGAUCAAGAGGAACGUGACGAAACUCAAGGCAGAAUUGGGGUAUACAAUGUACCGGGAUAUGGACCUUUUGUAUAUGCCGGAUUGCAAGGUGACAAAUUGCAAUAUUUAAUUAGAUACAUAAAAUAUAUUUCAAUUUUAUAUAUUAUUUUAAUUGCGACUCAAUAUAUCAAUAUAUAUUGGUACGAGUUGCAUCUUUGUAUCUUGUUGUCGUUUAAUAAGCACUUCAUUUUCAAAUCAGGUGUUAUAUCCUUAUUGGCUGACAUUCGUCCAAAUAAUGAUCUAGGACAUCCCCUAUGCGUUAAUCUUAGACAGGGUAAUUGGUUGAUAGAUUACGUGUGGCAGCGUCUAAAAGAGGAUGACGGUACUAAACCACUUGGAAUGUGGCUAGAACAAGCAAUGGAACCAUUCAAGUUAAUCCCGAGAUAUCUUGUUCCGUGUUAUUUUGAUGUUAUAAUUGUGAACGUUUAUAUGAUUCUUUUAGAUCACUGCAACAGUUUAAUGUCAAACUUUGUAAAGAAUGGAACUACGUUUGUUAAAUUAUUGAGCUUGGUCUCGAUACAAAUGGGCGGUAUAAUAAAAUCGUCGCAAUUGCCGGAUUUGUCGCCGAAUCUCAAUCCACCUAAGCCGAAAACCAAAAUUCACGAUGGCGUGGCUAAGCAAAUGUGUUUAACAUUAUCGGCCGGCUUGCCGCAUUUCACUACAGGUUACAUGAGAAAUUGGGGUAGGGAUACCUUUAUUGCUUUAAGAGGACUGUUGCUUUUGACGGGCAGACACGUUGAAGCGAGAUUCAUAAUCCUUGGAUUCGCUGGUACCUUGCGUCAUGGUUUGAUACCUAAUCUACUCGAUAAAGGAAGCAAUGCAAGAUAUAAUUGCCGCGAUGCUGUAUGGUGGUGGCUUUACACCAUAAAAUGUUACGUCGAAGAAGUUCCGGACGGUUUGAACAUCCUAUCCGAUAAAGUUUCAAGAUUAUAUCCGACUGAUGACUCACCAGCUUUGCCGGCGGGUCAACAUGAUCAACCUCUACACGAAGUAAUGCAGGAAGCACUCUCGGUACAUUUUCAAGGUCUGUGCUUCAGAGAAAGAAACGCCGGAAGACAGAUCGACGAACACAUGACUGAUCGUGGAUUUAAUAAUCAAAUCGGCAUACACCCCGAGACUGGUUUUGUGUUCGGUGGUAAUGAAGCUAAUUGUGGCACUUGGAUGGACAAGAUGGGAUCUUCCGAGAAAGCUGGUAAUAAAGGCAAACCGGCCACUCCUAGAGACGGUUCCGCUGUCGAAUUAGUCGGACUCAGCAAAUGCGUCCUGAGUUUUCUGGCUGAAUUGUAUAAGCAAAAUCUUUUUCCGUAUGGUAGCGUUCAACGGAAAAAUCGCGAUGGUAACACAAUAACUUGGAGUUAUAAACAGUGGGCUGACAGAAUUCAAGCAAACUUCGAGAAAUACUUCUACGUAAAUGAAAUUCCGACACAGAACGAGUUGAAACCCAAUCUGAUUCAUCGACGAGGCAUAUUCAAGGACAGCCAUGGAGCGACGCAGGAAUGGGCGGAUUAUCAAUUGCGGCCUAACUUCCCCAUCGCUAUGGUCGUUGCUCCGGAAUUAUUUAAUCCUCAUCACGCGUGGACAGCGUUGAAGAAAGCGGAGGAAAUACUCCUAGGCCCACUUGGAAUGAAGACGCUAGAUCCUGCAGAUUGGGCUUAUAACGGAUAUUACGAUAAUUCCAAUGACAGCACUGAUACUAAAGUAGCGCACGGAUGGAAUUAUCAUCAGGGACCUGAAUGGAUUUGGCCAAUGGGAUUUUUCUUACGAGCGCGUUUGCACUUUGCAUCAUUAAUCGAUGAUAAGGAUAAAUUAAAUUGUAUAAUUGAAUCGACCGAAGCUAUCAUUUCACGUCAUCUUAUCGAAGCAUCUACUAAUCAUUGGAGAGGCCUUCCCGAGCUUACCAACAAGGAUGGCUCUUAUUGCAAGGAUAGCUGUCGCACUCAAGCAUGGAGUGCUUCAGUUAUAUUAGAGGUACUCUACGAUUUGCAGAAGAUCAAACAGGAAUUGCAAUCUGAGAGGAGAUCUAGAAAUUGAUGUCAUUUUGCGUGUGUUCACCACCAGCAAUUACACUUAGAGCAAUUAAAAUUAGAGGCAAGAUAUAGCGGAAAAAAUAAAACAAAUAACACGAAUGUAAGCCUUCUCACUAGAGAAAUCUCCAGAACAUCACCACACACAUCAGAAACACACGCAUAUCAUAUUUCACACAUAGACAUAACAAACACGCAAAUCCGUAAAUCUGUAGUCGCUGCUGAUAAUACAUCUAUAGGAAAUAAUACUUCGAUCGCUACCGA